CUCCUGACGACGACACGCGCCGCUCGCCUCCCUACGCCGUCGACGAACCGCCCCGUAGUUCUCAGGCCCCAUGAUGCGCCUAUGAAAUAGUCCUCUCACGGCCGAGAAUCGAACGCUAACGAGCUACCCACCGCCGCACCGGGACCGCGCAUUGCACCACCGACUGCCAGACCCAACUCGACUCUCUCUGCACCAGACAUGGCUAUGCUCGCGUCGAAACAGUACCCCACGCCCUCCCUUGGGGGGCCCUCGCAGAUGUCUGCCCAGUACACGUCCAGCGCAAAUAACUACCGCAACCACAGCGCCAGCACUCGAACAGACCACUCCGUCUUCGUCUCCCCCACCGAGUCGGAGUUCUCAGAGAUCUACGAUGCCCCAGAUGCUGUCAGGUAGGCCAUGGCACACCUGCUACGUAUCGCUUGCGUUGCUGACUCUCGCAGGCAUUGGGACGAGGACAGGGUUGGCGACUGGCUGCAGCGCAUAAACUGCCACCAAUACGUCGAUCUGUUCAAGCAAAAUCACAUCAAUGGCGAAAACCUGAUGGAGAUGGACCAGUCCCACCUCAAAGACAUGGGCAUCAAGAAAGUCGGCGAUCGCGUCAGGAUUGGCUCACAGGCCAAGCAGCUCCGCAACAAGGAAUUCAAAAAGGCUUCCAAGCGCGUCUCGAACAGGCAAUCCCUGGCCGUGCUGGACACCAUUCAAUACACUCCACCAUCCUCUGCAUCUCCACGACCUCUCCAUACCGCACGAUCCAUUCCCGUUAGCUCUCGCUCGGACAAGCGCAUGUCUCGUCAGAUCAACAAUGCAGAGCUGAACUAUGCGUAUGGCACCCCGUCUAGACCUGGUUCGCCUCUGGUGGAUCAGGAGAGUCGAGCGCUGAGGUCUCAACGCCACGGAGGGCUGAACAGUCCAAAGGAUGGUGGCAAGAAAGAGUUUGGCUCGGCAUACGGGGCUCAUCCUCUCAGUGCAUCGAGCAGCUCUGCUACCAUAGCAUCUCGUUAUGGACCAAACCAGCGAACAACCCCCACCGAAACUCCACAGACGGCCCGCUUUGCCCACCAUAUCCGAGCGAGCCCAAGUUUGGACAGUGCCACCAAUAGUGCCAUCCUACCUCAAGACAAAGCCCUGAUUCGCGUCAUCUACGAUGGAGGGCGAACGUCUGUUGUGAACAUUGAAGGGUGCAAAACCGCCGAGGAUGUCAUGUUGAAGACUCUCAGAAAAGGGCAUCUCAACGAGGCACAUGUGAAGAACUACUGCUUCUACAUCCUUGAGUGUGACGAACCCGACCCAUCACUAUGCGAGCGCUUGAGUGACAUCCAGUUGUUCAUGCUAUGCAAAGACGCAAACCGGCACCAACGAGGACGGCUCAUGCUUCGAAAGGUCCAUGCUGGUGAACCUGAGAUGGAACAGUUGAAGACCGCUGCUGGUAUCUAUCAGCAGCAAAAUUAUCAGCAACCCCAAAACAUACAUGUCCCUAUGAACAACCGGAGUCAGAACAAGAUCGAGAAGCUCACUGGUGAGUCUCUUGCUGCCGUGAGCUAUCCACUUUCGCCCACGUCUGCAAGAGAGCGAGAACGACACAUUAGUUCGACAGCUCAGAAUUUGGAAGGACCUAGUGGCCCUAUGAAAUCACCGCUGUAUCAUGCACGAGCGCGUAAGCUUAAACAGUUCUAUGGCGCUCGACCCCCUAGCGAACUCAUCACCUCGGACUUGACAUCGUACUUCCCGGAUGUCGAGAAAGACGAGAUUGACAAAACUGUUCGAAUGUCUAUCCGUCGAUCACGCCGCCUCAGCAAAGCAGCCUCUCGCCUCUCCAUGGCCUCAAAUUUCAGCGUAGCGUCUAGCCUAAGGGAUGCGCCUCCUCUGCCAUCAAUUGCCGAUACUUGGCUGCAAGGAGGUAGCCAGGCUCGGCCUCUUCGACCUUUAUCAGUCAUGAGGCUCGGCCUGCCCUCGCAAUCGGGCUACCGGGAUUCUAUGGCGUCGUCUGUUCUAGAGCCUCUGGACGAAGAAUCACCUCUCGAGCCUAAUCGCAAGUCAUACGUAUCGUUCGGAGAUGGAAGCGGAUCAGAUACGCUCGCUGUCACUGAUCCCGCUGGGAAUACCAUCAUGCAAUCAUAUUUCAACGAUGACAUGAGCAGUCUUGCGGGUAGUAGCACCGGCAAUACCGAAGCCAGCGACUCAUUGAACAAACGUCUCUCGGAAGCCAUAGCCGAAGAUGGCGAGGAAUACGAUAAUGAGCUGACGGAGUACCUCGAACAGGAUUCGUGGGACAACGUCAAGUACAUGAAAGGAGCUCUGAUAGGACAGGGUUCUUUCGGAAGUGUAUAUCUCGCACUGCACGCCAUGACAGGUGAACUCAUGGCUGUCAAGCAAGUCGAACUCCCCUCUGCAGCCGGCGCAUCCCAGAUGGAUCACAAAAAGACCAAUAUGGUGGAAGCCCUGAAGCAUGAGAUUGGUCUGCUCCGAGAUCUCAAGCACAAGAAUAUCGUGCAGUACCUUGGCUCUAACUCUGAUGAAAGCCAUCUUAAUAUUUUCCUCGAAUACGUUCCAGGUGGUUCCGUCGCGAGUAUGCUUGUCAACUAUGGACCAUUAGGCGAAUCACUCGUACAAAAUUUCGUUCGCCAGAUCUUGACAGGCUUGUCGUACCUACACACAAGAGAGAUAAUCCAUCGAGAUAUCAAGGGAGCCAACAUCCUUGUCGACAACAAAGGUUCCGUCAAGAUUUCUGAUUUCGGUAUUUCAAAGCGUAUUGAAGCCUCGACUCUGGGUGGCGCUAAGAAGGGAGCUCAACGCGUUUCCCUCCAAGGCUCAGUCUUCUGGAUGGCUCCUGAAGUUGUCCGACAAACAGCUUACACUCGGAAAGCUGACAUCUGGUCUCUUGGCUGCCUCAUUGUGGAAAUGUUCACGGGGAGCCAUCCGCAUCCCAACUGCACACAACUGCAGGCCAUUUUCAAGAUUGGUGGCAGCGGCGACGCGAGUCCAACAAUCCCAGAGAGCACUGGCGACGAUGCUCGGGCAUUCUUGGCGCAGACGUUCCUCAUCGAUCAUGAAAAGCGACCGAGCGCGGACGAGCUUCUUGCCAGUCCAUUUAUCACCAACCAAGGCGCCUGAUUCGUCCACGCCUUCCAUAUUCACGAAACACAACAUCUAUCGCUUCACAGCGCUUUAAUAGAUCGACGCGGCACAAAACAGCAUUUAGCGUGGGAUGGAGAAGCAUUGCUUGAAGACACUCGGUUCAGUGUCUGGAUCGGCGUAAUACGAUGGGGCUUUUGGCGAUAUCAUGUUCUUUUGCUUUCUUUUACUUGCCUCAGUUACGCAAAUGAUUUGUACGAUACCAUUUGAGAGGCGCUUUGUAUGGAAUCGGUCUGCUCGGGGUGGGUUCGCGUCGCACUCGGUCCGAUGGGCGUUUUUGAUCACGGAGAUCUGAGAUCUGGGUGGGGUUGUAUCAUAUCCAAUAUCCACCGCUUCCGUCU